UUAUUACAUUUUUUCUUAGACCAUUUAGCUGUGAGGAACCGGAGACCUUUUACUAGAAGUCACGGAGGAUGGACAAGGACAGGAGUCAUGUGACUGAAAGGAUAUUAAACCUCACUGUGGAGGUCAUCCAGCUGCUGACAGGAAAGGAUCACACAGUAGUGAGGAAGACAUCUGGGAAGUGUGAGACACCCAGUAGCCAUCCUUGUGUGUCAGGAGGACUGAGCAGGACCCAGAGCCCCAUCAAUGUGCCUCCACCUCGAUCGCUGACACAUGAGAGGCACAGUGACCAGAAGAUCCUGGAGCUCACCAACAAGAUCAUUCAUCUGCUGACCGGAGAGGUUCCUAUAAGGUGUGAGGACGUCACUGUCUAUCUCUCUAUGGAGGAGUGGGAGUAUAUAGAGGAACACAGGGGUCUGUACAAGGACGUGAUGAUGGAGAAUCACCAGGCAUUGAAGAUGGAUAUGACUGAGAGGAUAAUAAAUCUCUUCCUGGACAUCAUCUGUCUGCUGACUGGAGAGGAUCACACAGUAGUGAAGGGAACAUCUGGAGAGCGUGAGCCACCCAGCAGCCAUCACCGUGUGUCAGGACUGGGGAGGACCCAGAGCCCCAUCACGGUGCCUCCACCUCACUCACUGAUACAUGAGAGGCACAAUGACCAGAAGAUCCUGGAUCUCACCAACAAGAUCAUUCAGCUGCUGACUGGAGAGGUUCCUAUAAGGUGUGAGGAUGUCACUGUCUAUUUCUCCAUGGAGGAGUGGGAGUAUAUAGAGGAACACAGGGGUCUGUACAAGGACAUGAUGAUGGAGAAUCACCGGCCCCUCACAUCACUGGAUGGGGCCAGUAACAGGAAUACCCCAGAGAGAUGUCCCCGUCCUCUUUAUUCCCAGGAUCAUACAGAGGCGAGUCACAGUGUCCUACAGGAGGAUCAGGGUGAAGAUCUUAUUGAUGUUAAAGUAGAAGACAUAAAAGUAGAAGAGCAGACGCAUGUGGUGGGUGGUCUGCAGUGUAAGGAGGAGGAAAUCCCUACAGAUAUCAGCACAGACUCCUCUAAAGAUCCAUCUACUGAUAUAAAGGAGGAAUCAGUCUCAUGUGAUGGAGACCUCACACAUACUGACAUGUAUACAGCCGCAGAUCAUACACAGAAAAUAUCUACUCAUAUAAAAAGCAACUGCAUUACAAAUGCGUCUUGCUCUGGAUGUGAAAAAUGUUUUACUCUUAAUUCAGACCUUGUUAUACAUCAGAGGAGUCACACAGGAGAGCCACCAUAUUCCUGCUCAGAAUGUGGGAAAGGGUUUAGAAGUAAUUCAGAACUUCUUGUACAUCAGAUGAUUCAUACAGAUGAAAAACUGUUUUCUUGCUCAGAAUGUGGGAAAUGUUUUAAAGUAAAUUCACAUCUUGUUAGACAUCAGAUGAUUCAUACAGGAGCAUACCCAUAUUCCUGCUCUGAAUGUAAGAGAUGUUUUAGAUGUAAAUCAGAACUUGUUAUACAUCAGAGAAGUCACACAGGUGAGAGGCCAUAUUCCUGCUCUGAAUGUGAGAAAUGUUUUACAGUGAAAUCAGAACUUGUUAUACAUCAGAGAAGUCACACAGGUGAGAGGCCAUAUUCCUGCUCUGAAUGUGAGAAAUGUUUUACAGUGAAAUCAGAACUUUUUCGACAUCAGAGACGUCACACAGGUGAGAGACCAUAUUCUUGCUCUGAAUGUGGAAAUGGGUUUAGAAAUAAUUCAAAACUUGUUGAACAUCAGAGAAGCCAUACCGGAGAGAAACCAUUUUCCUGCUCUGCUUGUGGGAAAUCUUUUACACGGAAAUCAGAUCUUGUUCAACAUCAGAAAAGUCACACGGGGCAGAGACCAUAUUCCUGCUCUGAGUGUGGGAAAUGUUUUACACGUCAUCCACAUCUUGUUAGACAUCAGAGUCUUCACACCGGAGAGAGACCGUAUUCUUGCUCGGAAUGUGGGAAAUGCUUUAUACGUAAUUCUCAACUUGUUGUACAUCAGAGACUUCACACCGGAGAGAGACCGUAUUCCUGCUCAGAAUGUGGGGAAGGGUGUAGAAGUUUUCCAGAGCUUGUUAGGCAUCAGAGAUUUCAUACAGGUGAGAGACCGUUUUCUUGCUCAGAAUGUGGGAAAGGGUUUGAAGAAAAUGCACUACUUGUUAGACAUCAGAUGAUUCACACAGGAGCAUACCCAUAUUCCUGCUCUGAAUGUGAGAGAGGUUUUUCAAUUAAAUCAGAACUUGUUAGACAUCAGAGACGUCACACAGGAGAGAGACCGUAUUCUUGCUCGCAAUGUGGGAAAGGGUUUAAAAGUAAUGCAGAACUUGUUAUACAUCAGAGACGUCACACCGGAGAGAGACCAUAUUCCUGCUCUGAAUGCGGGAAAUGCUUUACAUGCAAUUCAGAACUUACUAAACAUCAGAAAAGUCACACAGGAGUGAACCCAUGA